AACAAAAAAGUUAAAAGAUMAAAUUAAUAAUAAAGAAAAUUUCGAGCAGUUUCCUUCGAGGACACGUUCAAGCGGAGCCGGAUGCGAUUAUACUUCCAGUUUAUUUAAUUCAAAUUCAAUUCACUUCGACUUCGAUGUUAAGCAACGGAAUUUGGAAUAAAUAGGUGCAGUUUCUCAAGAUUUCUUCAAGAAUUAUUCGAUUUUAUGCUUGUUUGGGGUAUUUCUGGUUGAUUGAUUGGUUGGUUUACCCGUUCAAUCGAAAUUUUCAGCAGGGUGAUAUUAGAAGCUAUUUAAUGACUUCAAGAACUUUGAGGAGGAGGCUCCAUCAUGGAGAUGUUGAUGGGAAAAGGAAUGAAAAAUAUGAUGCUUCUGGCUUCGAAGGUUUAAGCGAGCCUCUGCUAGGAAGCCAUGAAUAUAAUGAUAGAAGCUUGGAGGCACGCACACUUGAAGAGAUUUGGGACGAUGAGCGGAAGAAGCAACAGCUACACUGGACGCUUCUGUUCUCUCAGUUGAUUGCACAAUGGGCUCAGUGGAUAGCAAACAUUGUCUUUGGUUCUGGAGCACUUUUUGGUCGACUUUUGCCAUUUUCUUUGACCACAUACAAUGGACAAAGCCAUAGGGUGGCUCCACCUCUUAGUCUUUUACAGGAAGAAAGACUCAAGAGUUUAAAGCAAAGGCUGGAAGUUCCCUUUGAUGGUUCUCGUGUUGAGCACCAAGACGCUCUUAAAAAGUUAUGGAAGUUGGCUUAUCCAGACAGGGAGCUUCCACCUCUUAAGUCUGAGCUCUGGAAGGAGAUGGGUUGGCAGGGUACAGAUCCUUCAACAGAUUUUAGAGGUGGCGGAUUUGUUUCAUUGGAAAACCUUAUCUUCUUUGCCCAAACAUAUCCGGAGUCAUUCCAUAGAUUGUUGUAUAAAAAAGAUGGUAAGAGAGCUGAGUGGGAAUAUCCAUUUGCGGUUGCUGGUAUCAACAUUUCAUUUAUGUUGGUGCAAAUGUUAGAUCUCCAAUCAGGGAAGCCAAGUUCAUUGGCAGGGAUCCGUUUCUUAGAAUUUCUAGACGAUGAUGAGAUGGCGUUCGAUAACCUAUUCUGCAUAGCCUUUUGGUUGAUGGAUGCCCAAUGGCUCGCCAAGCACGCCUCCUAUAUGGAUUUCAAUGAUGUUUUGAAGUCUACCAGAAGUCAGUUAGAACGUGAGCUUGCAAUUGAAGAUGUCUCCAGUGUGAGAGAACUGCCAGCAUACAACCUCUUAAGAAGAUAAUCUUCUUCUUCUUCUUAUUCUCCCAUUGUUAACUUCUAUCAGCUAUAGUUCUUCUGCCUAUCUGUCUUCUUCAUCCUCCAAUUUGUAUGUUUCUAUUUUCUCUUUUUUUAACAGUUAUAUUGUCACAAAAUUCAAAAAGAAAAGGGGAAAGAUCACACCAAAGGCAUGAAAAUAGAGUAAAAUUGUAAUGAAUUUCUUAUGUGGUACCAAGUCUCUAAGCUUUGUAUCUUUAAUGGAAAGAAGCUAUUAAGCUAUAA